UCUAACUAAUUCAGAACCAUUAGUUGGACCAUGCUAAAUGAAAUUUAAGUGCUCCGUGAAAAAUUGUUCCGAUCUCUAGAAAUAUUUGACAGUGAACUAAGUCCUACUUUACACACAGUUAAAACAAGUUUACGUGCACCUUAAGAUAAACUGCUAGCAGUCUGGCGACUCGCUCCGGUAAACCGAAGUGAAACCUAACUCUCAAUCCAGUUGGCUGGCUACCUGCUAGCUGCAGAAGUAGCUAGCUAGCGAAAUUGGACGUGCUCGUCCUUUUGGAAUUAGGUGAACGUGGCAGAAGUCUGCUGUUGAAGAUGGAGCUAGCCGCGCUGAUCGUCGUCUCAAUAUUGAUAGGAGCUCUGAUCCUCUUGGUCUCUGUCGCAGUGGGCAAACGAAAAGGCGAGAUAAAUGAGAAAACUGAACAAAGAGAAGACACUGUUGUGGAAGAAAAUGGAGACAAGGCACCCCUAUCGAAGAAACAGAGGCAGCAACAGCGACCCCGUAAAGAGAGGACGCAGCAGCACACGUUCUCCCACCCACUCCUUGCAUCCUCCUUAAAAAGUCACAGUGGCAAUGUGACGUGCCUGGACUUCAGCAGCAAUGGGAAGUACCUGGCUUCCUGUGCAGAUGACCGCACGGUGCGGAUCUGGAGCACCAAGGACUUCCUGGAGCGUGACCACCGCUGCCUGCGCGCCAACGUGGAGCUGGACCAUGCCACCUUGGUCCGCUUCAGCCCUGACUCACGAGCCUUCAUCACCUGGCUGGCCAAUGGAGAGACUAUUCGAGUCUUCAAGAUGAGCAAGAAGGAAGACGGUUCCUUCAGUUUCAAAGCUGCACCUGAAGACUUCCCCCAGAAGCACAAGGGAAACGUCAUCAACAUUGGCAUUGCAGAAACAGGCAAGUUCAUCAUGACAGCAUCCACUGACACCACCAUACUGAUCUGGGAUCUGAAGGGAGACAUGCUGGCUUCCAUAAACACCAACCAGAUGACCAACUCCUAUGCUGCCAUCUCUCCCUGCGGCAGGUUUGUUGCAUCCUGUGGCUUCACUCCAGAUGUGAAGGUAUGGGAGGUGUGUUUUGGAAAGAGUGGAGAGUUUCGGGAGGUGGUACGUGCUUUUGACCUGAAGGGUCACUCGGCUGGUGUCUAUUCUUUUGCCUUCUCCAAUGACUCCCGCAGAAUGGUGACGGUGUCCAAGGACGGGACGUGGAAGCUAUGGGACACGGACGUGGAAUACAAGAAGCAGCAGGACCCGUACCUGCUUCGGACAGUGCAGUGCCAGGUGUCGGAGGGCAGCCGCAUCGCCCUGUCGCCGGAUGCACGGGUGGCGGCCGUGUCCAGCGGCUGCAGUGUGGCCCUGUUCAGCACGGCCACCGGGGAGCUGGAGGAGGAGCUCCACGGCGUCCACAGCGAGGAGCUCACGGACCUGAAGUUCGACAUCAACAGCCGCUUCCUGGUGUGCAGCGGGGACCGCGCCAUCCGUGUCUUCCACAACGCGCCGGGCUACCGGGCCGCUAUCCAGGACAUGCAGGCCAUGCUGAAGAAGGCCUCCAAUGAAGCCAUGCGCCAGAGGUUACAGCAGCAGAUCCAGGAAGCACAGAGUGCACUGGACAGUGUGUUCUCUACAUCCAAGGACUGAGUUCCCCCUGUGUCUGUGUGUCUGUCUCACUGCCUCUUCUCAAGGAACUGCCUGCCUUUCAGCCUCUGUUUGGCGUAAAUGGCAUAUGCUUGCUGGUUUUAAAUAAUAAAUCAUGGUGUGUUUAUAUUAAAAGUUCACUGACCUGUUUUAUUUUCACUUCUUUUAAAAUGUAUUUGAGUGCCUUCAUCCUACAGGAAAGCAGCUAUA